AGAAACAAACCAUUCACUCCGUACCCUUGUCAUUUCUCUCUCUCCCUCUCCCUAUCCGUCCCCUCUUCUCUUCUUCCUCAAUUUCUCUGCAGCUACUCCUCUCUCUCUCUCUCUCUCUCUCUCUCUCUUCCCCCUUCUCCCUCCCAUGUUCUUGAUCUAACCCAGCCAUAUCAAAGGGAAAGAAAGAGCCCAAACACCCAGUUUUGUACAACUUGCUUGGACCAUGCUACUGAUAUGCACAAGUCAACAGCUAGCAAACCCUAGACUAUUGUUUUGAUUCCUGAUAAGCUCUUGCGGCUGAUUAGGUCUGGUUUGGGGUUAAGCAGCAGCAGGAGGCAGGAGGAGGAGGAGGAGGAGGAGGUAAAGCUGAUAAUCAGGAAGGAAGAAAGGACAAGGAAAAGAGCACAAGGGGCUGUUUGGCCAGUACUUGAAGGGACUAGCUAGGAGAGAGGAUGGAGCUCUUCCCAGCACAGCCUGAUUUGUCCCUUCAAAUCAGCCCACCAAACAGCAAACAAGCUCCCUCAGCUUGGAUGGGUGGUACUAGAGAGGAAGGGGUUGAUUUGGGCUACUGGAAGAAAGCUUUGGACCACUCUUCUAGGAGCUCCAAACAAGACCUUAACACCGUCACUACUCCUACUACUUGUUCUAAUUCCUUCGAGCUCAACUUGUCGAAUAAUAAUGUACCGAGGGUUUCUCUUCCUCAUCAUCUUCAUCAUCAUGACCCCAACCCCAAGACCUCUUCUUCUUAUCCUCAUCAUCAUUCCAGCAAUAACAACAAUAACAUCUUCCAAAUCCACUCUUUGCAACAAAGCCCGCUUCCGGCCCCUUCCUCUUCGCAACAUCGGUUGAUUACAGGCCAAGAGAUUAAUGACUUCUCGAUACCCAUAAGAGGGAUCCCAAUCUACAACCAUAACUCCCCCAAUUUCCCGUUCUCUCGCCGACACCACACGAACCCCCUUGUGGAUUCGUCCCCAGACAUAGCUUGCACUAAUUAUUCCAACGGCGCCGUGAACUCAGUCCCAGGCCACAGCACUUUCCAGUCUCACCACCAUCAAGGAGGGUUUAUGAGAUCGAGGUAUCUCUCGAGGUUCCCAGCCAAACGGACCAUGCGGGCCCCUCGGAUGCGGUGGACUACAACCCUUCAUGCUCGUUUCGUUCAUGCGGUUGAGCUAUUGGGUGGCCAUGAAAGAGCAACACCGAAGUCGGUUCUUGAGUUAAUGGAUGUCAAAGAUCUCACACUGGCUCAUGUUAAAUCUCAUUUACAGAUGUAUCGAACUGUGAAGACCACAGAUAAGGCAGCUGCAACCUCAGGUCAAAUAGACAAUUUUGACAACGGGUCAUCUGGAGACAGUACCAAUGAAGAUUUGGUGCUUGAAAUACCAAACCCAAGACGGCCCGAUUUGUUGGUUCAACAGAGACGAUCCAAUCACCAAGAGAACGGUACUCAUCGCGUACUAUGGAGCAACUCCUCGAGCAGGGAAGCUUGGUUAAAUGGAAAACCAUCCGGAGGAAAUACGAUAACGUCUAUCGAGAAUGAGGUGGAUCGGAAGAGCUCAAGCUACGAGAGAACAUCAGAAGGAAGUUCGUCCAAUCUGUCCGGGUCAAGCCCCAAGAGACCCAACCUGGAGUUUACGUUGGGAAGGCCACAUUAAUCAUCAUAAAUUAAUUAAUUAUCAUUACCAAUUAAUUACUUUCUUCUUUUCCUUAAUUUCUCUAAACUUUUCCUUCAAAAUUUUCUGACUUUCUUUCUCCCACUCAUUUUCACAAUCAUUAAGAUGGCUCGAUCAAUCUCUCCCGGUUCUUGGGCUGGUAAAAGAAUCAGGUUCUUACCCUUCUUUCCCUCUGAGAAAAUCAAUGAGGGUAGAGAGAGAGAGAAAAAAAGCGAAAGAAAAGAUGAGGAAAAAGAGGAAAAGAAGGAAAAGGAGCCCAAAGAAGGACAAGGAGACAAGAAAAGUCAGAAAGCAAACAAAAGUAGGGAAGAGCAGAUAAAAGCAAAUGUGUGAUAGAUGCAAAUCAAACGUAUAUUAUAUUAUAUUAUAUUAUAUAUUCUUAUAUUUGAUAUAAGAUUAUUAUUAUUAUUAUUAUUAUUCCUACGUAAAUAUUAUGUUGAUGAACUCUAAAUGAUUUUGUAUACUUUAACAUCAAUCAUUGAUCACAGUGACAUAGCUAGAACUAAGGUAGUAUCUCUUUUUUUCCUUUUAAAUUUAUGUAGGCGGAUGAUCCUCAUUAAUGAGAAGGUUUUGUGUGAAA